CCGAAUGUUUCCAUCAAUGCGCCUCUUUGAAAGUAUUUGCAAUUCCAGAUGGUUCAUAAAUACUUCAAUGAUUGUUUUUCUCAACAAGACAGAUUUAUUUAUCGAAAAAAUUAAAAGGAAAACAAUUAAAGUUUGCUUCAAUGAUUAUAAAGGUAGGAGUAUUUUUGAAUAUUAUAGACUGAGACGAUUUACGAUAACAAGAGAUUAG